AUGUCUUCACGUCAUUCUUACCUACCUCCUCAAGCCAUGGCCAAUUUAGCUCAGUUAGAGGCAGUUUCGAGGGAUUUUUCCGCUGCAAUUGAGAGCCUUACUGCAUAUUACAGGAAUGAAAGGAUAGACAGCCCAAGUGCUCCAGGUGCUCGGCUACCGCAGCUGAUACCGACAGGAGCAGUAUCAGAGGCCCACCGUGCAAGAGAAUCAGUGUUGGCGAGCCUGACUAAAUUGCAAGUCAUGCUUGCUGGCCCGACGGAUCUACUCCAGAAUUUGGCGUGGCAGACCCAAUUGCUUGCAUGCAUACAAUGGCUUGGUGACUUCCAAGUACCAGCUUGCAUUCCGUUGGACGGGAGAGCCCUGAUAAAGAAUGUAUCGACUCUUAUUGGAGUUCCGGAAAGUCAGCUCUGUCGCGUUAUCAGAAUGGCCACGACAGGGGGUUUUAUGCAAGAACCUCAACCGGGGUAUGUAUCCCACAGCGAGCUCUCAGCGGCGUUUGUGGCAAAGCCAUCUUAUCUAGAUGCAGCCAUGUUCUUAGCUGAAACGGGUGUUCCUGCUGCCUUGGACAUGGCGACGGCCACAAAGCAAUAUUCUGACUCUGCUGAGCGGAAGGAUGGGGUUCCUAGUUCUUCCGUGUUCGCCACCGCUAGUGAAGCUCAAUUACCCCGCCUACACCGGCAGAGACAGGCCUAUCUCAGAUAUGGAACGGGGCAUGUGUGUGAUACAGCUACGGAUGUUUUAACCUGCCUGGACGGGAUCAGGUUAACCAACGGAUCUGCUGUCGGCGCACAAUCCACGGAGCGAGUAAUCGCCCUCGCAAACCAAUAUCCAUCACUACACUUCACAGUACAACUCCAGUCCUCCAAAUACGACAAAUGUCGCACUCCGAAUCCCCGCAUAACUAUCUCGCAUCGGCAGCCAGGAUCGCCGCAACCAAUACUGAAUGCUGCGGUCUACAUCCUCAAUUUUCCGUUCCCCGCCCCAGGUUCACCUUAUACCUCAUUCGCGACGCAAGUCACGGCCGAGCUGCGCGCACAUCUACCCGCCCUCAAACUUAACCGUUCCGCUACACUGGUCCUGACCGCGCCGUCAUUGUCGGAUUCUGCAGAGGGAGUUACGUUAACACGGAUCCACAAUUUGUCACUCCAGCAAUUGGCGAUGCAACCCCAGCUAGGGAAAUCAGAGGUACUCGAUUUGCUAAAUGGAGUUAAUGACGGGGAGGGAAGGCUAGCUUUGGUUAAUCAGGUGAGAUCGGUUGGGAAGUAUGGGGUCGUUGCAUUGGAGGUCAAGUAUCAGCCUCAUGCGUUCGUGGGAUAG